AUGAACAUAUCCAAGUACAGGACUGUUGAAGAAUUCAUUCUUCUAGGGCUGACCAGCCAGAGGAACAUUCAGAUAGUGUUAUUUGUUGCAUUUUUAUCUUGUUACCUUAUAUCACUAAUUGGUAACACAAUCAUCAUUAUUCUCAGCAGAAUAAGCUACCAGCUUCACACCCCUAUGUAUUUCUUCUUGAGUAAUCUGUCAUUUCUGGACAUCUGGUACACGUCAAGUAUUGUCCCAAAAAUGCUCAUUAAUUUCUUGUCAGUGAGAAAAAGCAUAUCCUUUAAUGGUUGUGCCAGCCAGAUGUUCAUUCAUCUCUCUCUAGGAGGGACGGAGUGCUAUCUCUUGUUGUCAAUGGCCUAUGACCGGUAUGUGGCUAUAUGUAAACCCUUACAUUACACUAAUAUUAUGCAUCCUGCCUUGUGCAUUAAGAUAGCAGCUGGUUCCUGGGUUGGAGGUGUAAUAAACUCUUUUGUACACACCGUACUUGCACUGCAAUUGCCCUUUUGUGGUCCCAAUGUAAUAAAUCACUUCUUCUGUGAGGUUCCUUCAGUACUGGAGUUGGCCUGUGCAGAUACAUCUGUUAAUAAGACCGUCAUUUUCUUCUUUGCUAUGUUGGUGGUGAUGGGUCCAUUUUUCCUUAUCCUCAUUACAUAUGGAAAUAUCGUAUCCAGCAUACUGAAGAUAAGCACAUCUGUAGGGCGAAAGAAGGCCUUCUCAACUUGUGCGUCACAUAUUAUAGUUGUAUCCCUGUUUUAUGGCACCAUCAUAUUUAUGUAUAUGAGACCAGGAUCAACCCAUGUAGCGAACCAAGACAAGAUGGCCACUUUGUUCUACAGUGUUAUAACCCCAAUGCUGAAUCCGUUGAUAUACACUUUGAGGAACAAAGAUGUGAUAGGAGCAUUUAUGGACUUGACAAGAAAAACAAUUGUGUUAGAUAAAGGAUAUGGACAUUAA